GACGAUUUUUAUGCCAGGCCCGUUUUAAAACUUAGGGUUCUUUGCAAACGUAUAAACCCUGUGAGCUUCCUCCGUCUAGUCGUUUCUCUACCGUCGCCGCACUUGCUUUUGCUUCUCCUCCCUCAGUGUUUGGAUUUAGAAUAGUCUUAGCUAAUCUUCCAAGAUGCAAAACGAAGAGGGUCAGAUCACAGAGUUAUACGUUCCUAGGAAAUGCUCUGCUACUAACCGGAUGAUCACAUCGAAGGACCAUGCCUCUGUGCAGCUCAACAUUGGUCAUUUAGAUGCUGAUGGUAUCUACACCGGACAGUUCACUACCUUUGCUCUCUGCGGUUUCGUUCGUGCCCAGGGAGAUGCAGACAGUGGUGUGGACAGGCUAUGGCAGAAGCAGAAGGUCGAAGCCAAACAGAUUUAAAGAGCUUAUAAAGCUGUUUUUUUUUUUAUCGUUCUCGGACAUACACUGAAGUAAUGAUUUUUUGCUUGACCUUUUGUUUUAUUGCAAUCGGUGAACUUGUUUCUUCUGAUUCGCUAGUAAGAUUAUAACUUCAAUU